AUACAAUUUCCGUUACAUUGGUUGAUAUUGAAGUGUUGAAAAAACACGACACUACCACUGCAGUAGCCAUUAUGAAAGGUUUAGGUGACCCAAAAGCUGAAACUCACCAUCAUAUCAUUCUAUGCCGCACAAAAGAAAAUCUCCAGCAUGUUCUAAAACUGGCAAAUAUGAUCAAUCGUCUGGACCAGCACAACUUUUGGCUAACAGUUUUCGAAGAUUUCCGGAAUAUAGAUGUACACGAUCUGAUCCUCAACAAGCUGACGAACCUUGUUGUCAUCAAAAAAUCGUACACGACAGAAAACGAUGUGAAUAUGUGUGAUAUAGUGGUGGCAGUUUUUGGUACCAACAAAAUAAAAAUAAAGUUAGAGGAGGCAUACGUAUACGAUGGGAUACGUUUUUUCGCUGAAGGCAUACGUGGCAUUUUAAAAAAUCAUACCAAUGAAACGGAUAUUCUGGACAACACAAAUACAGCAGAGCGUGGGUUGGCACUUCUUAGCACAUUUGAGCAGCUUCACAUUAAGGGAUUAUUAGACGGAACACAUUUUGUUGAUGGCUAUCAUGGGAAUACAAAUGUUGAUAUUUGCACUGCAUACGGUCCACCAUUAUCAAGAUUCAAAAGUGUGGCGACGUGGUCGAGAGAGAUAUCAUUUGUCCCCAAAGAAAACAUAUUUCCAAAUACAUGGAAAGGUUUUGGCAACGUCACCCUGACCAUCGCCACUCGAGAGGCUAUACCAUUUACAAUUAAAUUGGCUGGAAAUGAAACACGUUACCAAGGAUUAUGUUUUGAUAUACUAGAUGAAUUAGCUUCUAGACUCAACUUCCGUUAUAAACUGGUCGAGCCACCUGACCGGAAGUGGGGUGGAAAGAACCCGGAUGGAACAUGGAAUGGAAUGGUUGGCAUGGUGAUGAGAGGGGAAGCGGCGUUUGCAGUGGGUCCAUUCACAAUAACAUCAGCAAGGGCUGAAGUGAUAGACUUCACCAAGGCAUUUAUGGAAGAUGGUGCAGGAAUCAUCCUAAAGAAACCAAUCGACAAAACACCUUCGGUCCUCAAAAUAUUUCGUCCGUUUAAAGAAGAUGUCUGGCUGCUUAUUUCUGGGGGCAUUGCGCUGAUCGGCUUCGUGGUUUACUUCUUUAGUUUCACGACACCAUAUAGCGGUUACAGGAGAGGCUUGGCGGGAUCAUCAAAAUAUGAGAUCAGUUUAUUAGAGAAUCUAUGGCUGGUGUACGGGUCUUGCUUACAACAAGGCACCGACGUAUUCCCACGAGCGCUGUCUUCAAGGCUUGUUAUGAUAGCGUGGUGGGUGUUCGCCAUUGUCAUCAUAGCCACAUACACUGCAAACUUGGCUGCGUUAUUGACAGUGCAACUUAUCGUCACCCCCAUCAAAAAUCUUGAAGAACUUGUUGACCAGUCAGAUAUUCGCCCACUAGCCAAAGAUGGAUCCAAUCUCUAUGAUUUGUUCAAGGGAUCCUCCGAAGAUACAGUAUAUGGCAAAGUCUGGAAGAUGAUGGAAAAUGGACCAAAGAUUACAGAGAACCCCGAUGCCUAUAGACUGGUGCUACAUGAAAAUUAUGCAUUUAUGGGUGACAAAUCACAGCUAGAGUAUAAAGUCCUCACUGAGUGCAGAGAGUUUGCGCUAGCUGAUACAUUGUUCAACACGGCUGGCUAUGGAUUUGUCUUCCCCAAGCAAUCACCAUACCUUUCAGACUUCUCAAAAAACAUAGUACGUCUCCAAGAGGCAGGACUCGUGGAAAGAUGGAAACAAAAAUGGUGGCAGUCACGUGAUGAAUGUACGAACAAUAAAGAACAAAAAGUUCCCGAUCCGUUAAACAUUCAGACACUAUCUGGAGCAUUCGCUACGCUUGCACUUGCCUCUUUUGUCGCGUCUAUCGUGGUUGCUAUUGAGUGUGUAUGUUUUAAAAGAAGACGCCGAGAUAAUGAUAAUACAUAGAACACUAAUAACCGUCGGAAUGUAUUGAUGCA